GCCCAGCUUUAUUGGCUCUACAGCUCGCAUGUUGUUUACACUCGCCUCUCCCAGCAUCUAUAUGGCCAGAUUGUUCCUCACCAUCAUCGCCAGUGCCAACCUAGGUUCUUCCUUCCCCUUGCUCAAUUCUUGUCGUCUACUUCUCGUCGCAAAUCAUCUACUGAUACGCAACAAGUUAGGUUUUGAAUCUGUACCGCUUGACGAUGUGCACUUAACAUUGGAUGACGAAGUUGCCCUCAAUAAUCAAGAUCUAUUAGAAGGUAGUCUCGCAACUAAUGCACUCCUCAAUCACCUGCCUGCACCGGAAAUACCAAUACCGUAAGCAUCCUCCAGGGUGUCACCUACACUAAAACUUUCCAACUAAUAUCCUCCAUGGCAUUGGCAUUGGCAUUGGCUAUGCGGCCUCGGUUUUUGUGCAAUGUUUCAGCAUCAGCG